AAACGGUGAGACUUGAGAGCGAGUUACAGUAAUUAAGUUGAGUUUUUCUCCUCAUCUUCUUCAUUUCGUGCGUCUCUUUCAGAUUCUGUUUGCGAAAAAAUCGGAUUUGGGAAUAUUACUAUCGACGAGUUCUUGUUGGUUACAGCAAAGAAUAAGAAGAACACAGAAAGGGCGAGUUUUUCCGUUGGUUUAAUCGAGAAUUUGGAAUUUUGAAACUCCAACGAGAGUGUCCAGUCAGAGAGAAAUGGCUUCUUCUUCUUCUUCUUCUGCUCUUUCUAGAAUCUCGAGCCUCCAGAAUCAUCUUUCACCUCUUGAAGCAAACAACAAGCUCAUGAGUCUGAUCAAGAUAUCUCCAGAAGUGUCUGAAGCCAUAUCCAAUGGGCGCGCUGUGGUUGCUCUCGAGUCAACCAUAAUCUCCCAUGGGAUGCCUUACCCUCAAAAUCUGCAAACAGCAAAAGAGGUUGAGUCGAUUGUGAGAGACAAUGGAGCAAUCCCUGCAACAAUAGCUAUCUUGAACGGAGUACCUUGCAUAGGACUGAACGAAGAAGAACUAGAACGUCUUGCAUCUCUGGGGAAAAGUGUCCAAAAGACUGCAGGCAGGGACAUAGCACAUGUCGUGGCUACAAGAGCAAAUGGAGCAACUACAGUCUCUGCAACGUUAUUUUUCGCUUCAAUGGUUGGCAUCCAAGUUUUUGUAACCGGCGGGAUAGGAGGUGUGCAUAGGCAUGCCAACCACACUAUGGACAUAUCAUCUGAUCUCACUGCACUCGGAAGGACUCCUAUAGCAGUGAUAUCAGCAGGCGUUAAAUCAAUACUUGAUAUUCCAAAGACCCUUGAAUAUUUGGAGACUCAAGAAGUGUAUGUAGCUGCAUACAAGAGCGAUGAGUUUCCGGCAUUUUUCACAGAAAAAAGCGGUUGUAAGGCACCUUCCCGUGUAAAUAGCCCUGAAGACUGUGCUCGAGUAAUAGGCAAGUAUGCAAACAUGAAGCUAAACCGUCCGGCGGGGAUUCUAUUUGCUGUUCCAAUCCCAAAACAGCAUUCAGCCGCCGGAAAUCUUAUCGAAUCAGCAACACAGCGUGCUCUUGCAGAAGCAAGGGAACAAAACGUUACUGGAAGUGCAGAAACUCCAUUCUUACUUGCACGGGUAAAUGAGUUAACUGGAGGCACGUCACUUGCAGCAAGUAUCCUUUCUCUAGAGCAUUGUCUCAGCAUUGUAAAUCUUGAGUUCCUUGACACAGUUUCAGACAUUGCGCUUGUGAAAAACAAUGCCCUCAUCGGGUCUCAGAUUGCAGUAGCUCUUUCUCAGCUGAUUUUUUGGAAAACAAUGGCAACAAUCACCGUUGACUUUCAGCUCUGCUUCAUCUUCAUCCUCCUAUGGCUCGUCUUACGCUUCUGCCUCUCUUUCUUCUUCAAGAAACCGAAAGAGCCACAACUUCAAGACUGUGAUCUACCUCCUAGCCCACCGUCUCUACCGGUCAUCGGUCAUCUUCACCUUCUCCUCUCUGUUCCAAGUCACAAAUCCUUUCAAAAACUCUCUUCAAAGUACGGUCCUCUCCUUCACCUUCGUACUUUUAAUAUCCCAAUCGUUCUAGUCUCAUCGGGCCCCAUGGCCUACGAAGUUUUGAGGACACAAGGCCUGAACUUUGCUACCCGUGACCGUGAGGUUCCUAUAAUGGAAAAAUCAUUACUUUUUGGAUCUUUUGGCUUUGUCUCAGCCCCUUAUGGAGAUUACUGGAGGUUCAUGAAGAAACUAUUAGUCACAAAACUUCUCGGGUCUCAUUCUCUCGAGCGGACACGGCUCAUCCGUGGGGAAGAACUUACGACAUUCCGUGCUAUGUUGUUUGACAAGGCAGCAAAUAAUGAGGCUGUUGAUGUUGGUAAAGAGAUGAUGAAGUUCACGAAUAACAGCAUUUGCAGGAUGAUAAUGGGGAGGAAAUGUUCAGAGGAAAAUGGUGAAGCAGAGCAAGUCAGAGGCUUGGUGACCAAAUCACUUAGUUUGGUCAGGAAGUUCCUUAUAGCUAGCACGGUUGGUCGAAUUCUCAAGAAGGUCGGGAUCUCGCUGUUUGAGAAGGAAAUCAUGGAGGUCUCUCAGAGAUACGAUGAAUUGCUGGAGAAGAUUAUUAAAGAGCAUGAAGCGAAUCCGAACAAGAAAGAGGACAGAGACAUGAUGGAUGUUCUGUUGGAAGUUUGUGCAGACCACAACGCCGAGUUUAAGAUUUCCAGGAACCAGAUCAAAGCGCUUUUUGUGGAAUUUUUCCUUGGAGGCACUGAUACUUCAGCACAAACAACAUCGUGGGUAAUGGCGGAACUUAUUAACCACCCUGAGAUUCUUAAAAGAUUGAGAGAAGAGAUAGAAUCUGUUGUCGGGAAAUCGAGGUUGGUUCAAGAAACAGAUCUCUCAAACCUGCCGUAUUUGCAGGCUGUGGUGAAGGAAGGGCUAAGACUGCACCCACAUUCGCCAAUCUUGGUGAGGAAUGCAACAGAGAGUUGCAAGAUAGGAGGGUUUUACAUACAACAAAACACAACGAUGAUCAUUAACUCUUAUGCAGUGAUGAGAGAUCCAAAUUCAUGGGAAGACCCAGACGAGUUUCAGCCCGAGAGGUUCAUGGUUUCCCCUUCAAAAGGGAAAGAAGAGAUGAGAGAGCAGUUAGCUUUGAACUACAUUCCUUUCGGGAGCGGAAGAAGAGGAUGUCCUGGUUCAAACUUAGGUUAUAUAUUCGUUGGAGUAGCCAUUGGAACAAUGGUACAGUGUUUUGACUGGAGUAUCAAUGGAGAUACGGUUAACAUGGAAGAGACUGGAGAUAUGACCCUGAGCAUGGCUCAUCCACUUAAAUGCACUCCUGUUGCUCGAAUUGAUCCAUUAACUAGCUUUGAAUCUGCAGAUCCUUUAGUUUAUGGUUGA